AUGGGACCCAAAUGUGCGAGGCGGGGUCGACGUAGGUACCGUACAGCCGGGAAUUUAGCUGAUCAGAAUGAGCCUAUAACAGAAGAUCAAGUGUCUCAAGCUCCUCAAGAAGCUGCUGAGGCUCCCAGGAAUCAAGAUCCGCCAAUCCACCAAACAUUAGCCGCCAUGACUCGCCUAGUUGAGCAGCAAGCGCAACUAAUUGAGCAACAAACGGCUUUCUUCAAGAGGCAAGCAGCACAGCCGAGUGCAUCCACAUCUCACAUGGAGCAACAACUGACGCCGUAUGAAAGGUUUAGGAAAUAUGGUCCAUCUAGUUUUUCGGGAAGUGCUGAUCCUAUAGAAGCGGAGAAUUGGAUAGCUGGAAUGGAAAGAAUUUUCUCAAUCAUGGAGGUUUCAGACACCCAACGUGUGGCACUCGCAACAUUUAUGCUAGAAGGGGAUGCUCAGUACUGGUGGGAGGCUACUCAGAGACGACUGGACCCGAACUCCUCACACGUUAUCACUUGGGCUGAGUUUACGCAAGCAUUUUAUAACAAAUGUGGCAUAAAGGGACAUGUACAAAGGAACUGUAAGCAGCUUAUAGUUGCGGCAUCUAGCAGUGCUAGUGUGGGCAAUAGGCCAUUGGUGGUGAGAGGCCGUGGGCAGAUGAGUAGCAAUAAAGGUGUGCAAAGCCAAGGGGGCGGAUCGAUGGUGAGCUCAGCAGGCCAGACAAAUAGACCAAUGACGCAGGGUAGAGUGUUCACCUUAACGAAGCGGGAUGCAGAAGCUACUCCUACUGUUGUGACGGCUACACCGAUCGGGGAAAGUGUGGUAGUUGGGGAAGUGUAUCGCAGUUGUAGGCUACAGUUAGGGGAUAAGGAAAUGUUAGUAGAUUUAAUACCCUUAAGCAUUUGGGAUUUUGAUGUUAUCCUCGGGAUGGAUUGGCUUGCUUCUCACUAUGCUUCGGUGGAGUGUUACAAGAAGGAGGUUAUCUUUAGAAUACCGAAUGAGCCUGAAUUUAAGUUUCAUGGAGAUCAGUUGGGUGUUCCAUUCAAUGUUAUAUCAUCCCUCGAGGUGACGAAACUUUUGAAAAUGGGGUGUGAGGGAUAUUUGGCACAUGUGGUUGCUACCAAGGUCGACUCACUGAAACUUAGUGAAAUUCCAAUAGUCUGCGAGUUUCCAGAUGUUUUUCCAGAUGAUUUGCCUAGCCUUCCGCCUGAUAGAGAGAUUGAGUUUACUAUAGAGUUGGAGCCCGUUACGGUGCGCAAUAAAUAUCCUUUACCUAGGAUAGAUGACUUGUUUGACCAGCUCCGAGGUGCUACCGUCUUCUCGAAGAUCGAUCUUAGAUCGGGAUACUACCAGCUGAAGAUCAAGGACUCUGAUGUGCCCAAGACUGCUUUUCGCACACGGUAUGGACAUUAUGAAUUCCUUGUGAUGCCUUUUGGGUUAACAAAUGCUCCAGCAGCUUUUAUGGAUUUAAUGAAUAGAGUCUUCCAGCCAUAUCUUGAUCGGUUUGUGGUGGUUUUCAUCGAUGAUAUAUUGGUAUACUCGAGGAACCGUGCUCCCCUGACUCGGUUAACGCGGAAGAGUGUGAAGUUUGAAUGGACAGAUGAGUGUGAGCAAAGUUUCCAGGAGUUGAAGAAGAGAUUGACUACUGCCCCGGUGCUCAUUAUUCCGUCCACGGAUGAGGGAUUUGUGAUCUAUAGUGAUGCAUCCCAUCAAGGCUUAGGCUGUGUAUUAAUGCAAUGUGGCAGAGUGGUGGCUUAUGCAUCUAGGCAACUAAGGAACCAUGAGAAGAAUUACCCAACGCAUGAUCUUGAAUUGGCAGCUAGUUUGAAAUAUUUGUUUACUCAGAAAGAACUCAACUUGAGACAGAGGAGAUGGAUGGAACUAAUCAAAGAUUAUGAUUGCACGAUCAACUAUCAUCCAGGAAAGGCAAAUGUUGUGGCAGAUGCACUGAGUCGGAAAUCAUCAGCAAGAUUAGCUGGUAUGUGGAGUGUUCACAACACACUUAUUAAUGAGUUGAGGUCAUUAGAAGUUAAAUUAGAGGCGACCAGUUCUGGAACAUUGAUGGCUAUUUAUGAUGUGAAACCAGUGUUAAUUGAUCGAAUUCGAGAAGCGCAACAAUUAGAUCCAUUUUUGGUAGAGAUGAAAAACAAAAUUAAGGAAGGCAGAGUGAAAGAAGGCAAGAAGUUUGAAUUUCUUUUGAAAGAGGAUGACACACUCAUGUUUGGGAAUCGAAUUUGUAUACCUGAUGACGUUGAGUUAAAGAGAGAAAUUCUAGCACAGGCUCAUAGCUCACCGUAUGCGAUGCACCCCGGAAGUACUAAGAUGUAUUAUAAUUUGAAGAGAAGCUAUUGGGGGUAUAACAUGAAAAAGGAGAUAGCUGAAUUUGUUUCCAAGUGUCUAGUAUGUCAACAAGUUAAAGCGGAACAUCAACACCCAUCCGGGUUAUUACAACCUCUUCCGGUACCUGAAUGGAAAUGGGAGAAGAUCACCAUGGAUUUUGUCUCGGGACUUCCACGAACACGAAGAGGGCAUAAUUCUAUAUGGGUGAUCGUUGAUAAACUGACUAAAUCUGCUCACUUCCUACCAGUUAAAACGACAUUUUGUGCUGACCAAUUGGCGCAAUUGUUCAUUAAAGAGAUUGUGAGGUUGCACGGUGUGCCGGUAUCUAUAGUAUCAGACAGAGGUUCCUAUUUUACUUCCAAGUACUGGAAUAGUUUUGUUACGGCUCUGGGCACGAAGUUGAAUUUGACCACUGUUUUUCAUCCCGAAUCAGACUGGCAAAGCGAAAGGACCAUUCAAACAUUGGAGGAUAUGUUAAGAGCGUGUGUUAUAGAAUUUCAAGGCAGCUGGGAUGACUACCUUCCUUUGAUGGAAUUCGCCUAUAAUAACAGUUAUCAAUCUAGUAUUGGAAUGGCACCAUAUGAGUCGCUUUAUGGUCGGGCUUGUCGAACACCUUUGUGUUGGAAUGAAGUUGGAGAGAGGCAAUUAACUGGACCGGAAAUAGUCGACUUAACAGCUGAAAAGGUCAAGGUUAUCCGAGAAGUAUUAAAGACCGCUCAAGGGCGACAAAAAAAUUAUGCAGAUAAACUAAGAAAUGACCUCGAGUUUCAGCAAAGAGAUCGAGUUUUCUUAAAAGUAUCACUGUGGAAGGGUAUUCUAAGAUUUGGCAAGAAAGGAAAGCUUAGUCCCAGAUAUAUCGGGCCAUACGAGAUUCUGGAGCGCAUUGGGAAGGUGGCAUACCGGCUGGCUCUACCCCCUGAACUAUUCCGUAUUCAUAACAUGUUUCAUGUGUCAAUGUUGCGUAAGUAUAUACCAGACCCAUCCCAUGUUCUGAGUUAUCAACCGGUGGAGCUAAAUGAAGACUUGACAUAUGAAGAAGAGCCAGUGGAGAUUUUAGAUAGAAAAGAGCAGGUCCUUCGAACCAAGAAAAUUCCCUUAGUAAAGGUGUUGUGGAAGAGUCAUUCGAGAAAAGAAGCCACUUGGGAACCCGAGGAUUCUAUGAGAGUCAAAUAUCCAUAUCUUUUCCCGAUAUCAGGUUCCUCUUUGCUGCCCUGGGAGCUGGAAGAAGAAGAACAGUGGCUGAGUUGGGCGGGAAUGGCAGGGGCAACGGUCAGAAGCCCUGACCGGUCCUGA